GUAAAACAGUGUGAGAAUUCCGAGAUCAUCGUUAUAAUCUUUUGUUUUCUUGAAAAAACACAAACCCUUUAUAUUAUUAAUAAUUGUUGUUCUUCUUCUUCGUUUGUCUUCCCCUUAACCUCAUUGUGUCGACAUGGUUUGCCAGAAAGAUGCUUUGGUUCAGACAAUCUCGGAAUUGUAUGACCAAAUUUCAUCCCUUGAGAGCUUAAGGCCUUCCAAAGAUGUCGACAUGUUGUUCACACAGCUUGUUCUCACGUGUAUCCCACCAAAUCCAAUUGAUGUCACAAAACUAUGCAACAAAAUUCAAGAAAUGAGGUCUAAGCUCAUCAAACUCUGUGGAGUCGCUGAAGGGCUUCUAGAGAUGCAUUAUUCCACAAUCUUAGGCAAUUCUUUUGGUGGUGUUGAUGGUGAAAACCCUCUUGACCAUCUCACCAUUUUCCCUUAUUACAAUAACUACCUUAAACUCAGCCUCCUUGAAUUCAACAUCCUUAGUCAACACAUCACUAACAUCCCUAACAGAGUUGCUUUCUUGGGUUCUGGCCCUUUACCUCUCACUUCCAUUGUUUUGGCCAAGAAUCACCUCACUCAGACUUCCUUCCACAACUAUGAUAUCGACCCGAUGGCGAAUGCCAUGGCCUCGAAAUUGGUCGCGUCUGACUGUGACUUGUCGCGACGGAUGUUUUUCCACACUCGUGAUGUGUUGGAUGUUACUUGUGAAUUUAAGGAUUUUGAUGUCGUGUUCUUGGCCGCUUUGGUUGGCAUGGAUAAGGAAGCCAAACUCGGGUUUAUCGAGCAUUUAGCAAAGAACAUGUCCCCCGGUGCGAUUUUGAUGCUCAGGAGUGCUCAUGGAGCAAGGGGUUUCCUCUACCCUAUUGUUGAUCCUUGUGAUUUGAAGGGUUUUGAGGUGCUUUCUGUGUUUCAUCCCACGGAUGAGGUGAUUAAUUCUGUGGUUAUUGCUCGAAAGCUUCCGGAUAUGGCAACAUUGAUGCCUCUUAUGCCUUCUAGCAACAAUAUUCAUUGUGGAGGAAAUCAUGUUAUUCUUCCAUGCAAAUGUGCUGAUCUUCAAGGCUUUAAUCCACUUAGCAAACUGAACAUGAUUGAGGAAUUGGCAGCUGAUGAUCGUCUUGUGUGAAAGAUCAACUCAUCAUCAUGUAUAAGUAUAUCAUCAUCUCGACCUCACUUAUUUUGCUUGGGGAAAGAUUGUUAUUGUGUGUUGUUUCCAUCUAGGAUUUUUCAUUACCCCUUUAAUGUUGUUCUCUCUGUUGAUCCCUAGCUAACCAUUUCAUAAAAUCCAUUCGGAAAAAAAAAAGAUGAGAGUUAGUAAAGAGCUAGCCCGGCCCUUGGUAUCUUGAUGUAUUGAUCUGAUCAAGAAGCAACAAGAGUGGCCUCUAUAUUGUUAUUAUCCCUUGUCACUAAAGUUUGUACUCUAUAUUUCUGUGUCAACCAAUAUAUAUGAGUUCCAAUGGAUGGUGUUUAUGAAAUAAAAAUUUUCUACUUUUAUUUUCAUUGCUCACUUUGUUUCGUGAUAACGGUAUUGUUUGUUGAACUAAUUAACAGGAUGCACGAUGGUUGUGAUGUG